GGCGCAGGCGCGGAGGCCGGGCGGGCGCGCGCGGGCGGAAUGGGGACUGCAGCUGCGGCGGCGGCGGCGGCCGGGGAGGGGGCGCGCAGCCCGAGCCCCGCCGCCGUGUCGCUCGGCCUGGGCGUGGCCGUGGUGUCGAGCUUGGUGAACGGGUCCACGUUCGUGCUGCAGAAGAAGGGCAUCGUGCGCGCCAAGCGGCGAGGUACUUCCUAUUUAACAGACAUUGUGUGGUGGGCUGGCACAAUCGCAAUGGCAGUUGGCCAGAUUGGAAACUUCCUGGCGUACACGGCGGUCCCUACAGUCCUCGUGACUCCCCUGGGCGCCCUGGGAGUGCCGUUCGGGUCCAUUUUAGCUUCCUAUCUCCUGAAGGAAAAGCUCAACAUCUUGGGCAAGUUGGGGUGCCUGCUAAGCUGUGCAGGCUCUGUCGUGCUGAUCAUCCACUCCCCAAAGUCUGAGAGUGUGACGACUCAGGCUGAGCUGGAAGAGAAGCUGACCAACCCAGUGUUUGUGGGCUACCUGUGCAUCGUGCUGCUCAUGCUGCUGCUGCUCAUCUUCUGGAUCGCGCCGGCCCACGGGCCCACCAACAUCAUGGUCUACAUCAGCAUCUGCUCUCUGCUGGGCAGUUUCACCGUGCCUUCCACCAAGGGCAUCGGGCUGGCGGCCCAAGACAUCUUGCACAACAACCCGUCCAGCCAGAGAGCCCUCUGCCUGUGCCUGGUGCUUCUGGCCGUGCUUGGCUGCAGCAUCAUUGUCCAGUUCAGGUAUAUCAACAAGGCACUGGAGUGCUUCGACUCCUCGGUGUUCGGGGCCAUCUACUACGUCGUGUUCACCACGCUGGUCCUGCUGGCCUCAGCCAUCCUCUUCCGGGAGUGGAGCAACGUGGGCCUGGUGGACUUCUUGGGGAUGGCCUGUGGAUUCACGACCGUCUCCGUGGGGAUUGUCCUUAUACAGGUGUUCAAAGAGUUCAAUUUCAACCUUGGGGAGAUGAACAAAUCUAAUAUGAAAACAGACUAGAUUGCAGUAGGGUCUUGGAUGGUUCGAGGAACAGGUAUUGGAGGUAGUCCUGACUGGAUGUGCAGAAGAGGUCCUCGAUCUUGGUGUUAGAGUUGACUGGAUGGGAAAGGUGGUCUGGUGGACGGGGGGAGUGGGGCUUAGCAGCAGAGCACAGGCCCAGCCAGCCCUCUGCAGCCCAAAGGUGCCUCACGGUUGCCUGGCACCAUGUCUCUCAUAUGAGACAAAUCUCAUUUUCAUUUCCAUUAACCAGGAAGCUUUCAUGAAUAUUCUCUUCUUUUAAAACAUUUUAACAUUAAACAGAAAAAGGUGGGCUCUUUCUGGUUAGUUGUUACAGGAUAGCAGAGAUAUUUUUACAUAGAUUACUUUGGAAAUGAGAGAUUGUUGUCUUGAACUCUGGUUUACAGUGAAUGUGUCUGUGGUUGUGUUAGUUUGCAUUAAGCAUGUAUAACAUUCAAGUAUGUCAUCCGAAUAAGAGGCAUAUACAUUAAAUUGUUUUUAGUCCUCUGACAAGUUGACUCUUCGGCCCUCACCCCUCCCAAGACAUUUAAAUAGUAGAGAAGAGUUAACGAACAUGAUGGAGUGUUCCACCGGCAGGAUGACUUUUCAAUAGCUCAAAUCAAUUUCAGUGCCUUUAUCACUUGAAUUAUUAACUAUUACUGUGUAUAUGUUCUUAGGUUAGAAUAAUGCAACUUCCUUGAGUAUGCUUUAAUAUUUCAGUAUUCAAGUUACAAAUGUACGAGGCAGUUAGAAAUAAUGCAGUCACACGUCACUUAGUGACAGCAAAACAUUCUGAGAAAUGCAUUGUAAGCGGACUGUAUUGUGUGAACAUCAGGAGGUGCACUUACACAAACCUCAAUGGGACACCUUUUACCCACCUGGGGUGGGUGGCACAGCCUGUUGUUCCUGGCGUCACACCUGUACAGCAUGUGAAUACUGUGGGCAAUUGUAACACAGCGGUGAGUGUUUGUGUUUCCAAACAUAGAAAGGGUACAGUAAAACGAUGGUAUUACGAUCCUACAGGAUCACUGUCAUGUAGGUGGUGUGUCUUUGACAGAAACAUGUUUACAUGGUGCAUGACUGUAUAUUCGUUGGAAGAUAGUCAAGACUGAAGACACAUUAGAGCAAACGGACCCAUUUAACUUGGCUAUUGUUCAAUUAAAGACAGUUGAUUUAAGUAGCA